CACAUGGGGGUGCGGGUGUGCAGGGGCCAAGCGCCAUGGGUUAGGCCCGAGAUUGGAGUCCGGCCGCCCCCCGACAGCAGCCGCCUCCUGCUCCCCGCGCGCCCCAGGCGCCACCAUGUCGGGCGACAAACUUCUGAGCGAACUCGGCUAUAAGCUGGGACGCACGAUAGGCGAGGGCAGUUACUCCAAGGUGAAGGUGGCCACGUCCAAGAAGUACAAGGGCACAGUGGCCAUCAAGGUGGUGGACCGGAGGCGCGCGCCGCCCGACUUCGUCAACAAGUUUCUGCCGCGCGAGCUGUCCAUUCUACGGGGCGUGCGACACCCGCACAUCGUACACGUCUUCGAGUUCAUAGAGGUGUGCAAUGGGAAGCUCUAUAUCGUGAUGGAGGCGGCUGCCACCGACCUGCUGCAGGCAGUGCAGCGCAACGGGCGCAUCCCCGGGGGUCAGGCGCGUGACCUAUUCGCGCAGAUCGCUGGGGCUGUGCGUUACCUGCAUGACCACCACUUGGUGCACCGGGACCUCAAGUGCGAAAACGUGUUGUUGAGCCCCGACGAGCGCCGCGUGAAGCUCACUGACUUUGGCUUUGGUCGCCAGGCACACGGCUAUCCUGACCUGAGCACCACCUACUGCGGCUCGGCCGCCUACGCGUCGCCUGAGGUACUCUUGGGUAUCCCAUACGACCCCAAGAAGUACGACGUGUGGAGCCUCGGCGUCGUGCUCUACGUCAUGGUCACCGGGUGCAUGCCCUUCGACGACUCGGACAUAGCUGGUCUGCCCAGGCGCCAGAAGCGUGGCGUCCUCUACCCGGAUGGCCUCGAGCUGUCCGAGCGCUGCAAGGCCCUGAUCGCAGAACUGCUGCAGUUCAGCCCGUCCGCCAGGCCCUCAGCGGGCCAGGUAGCGCGCAACGGCUGGCUGCGUGCUGGGGACUCCAGCUAGAAGCCGGGGUUCCCGCCAUUCCCGCCGCCCCGAGCACUGCGCAAGCGCAGUGCACGCGCGCCAGGCGCGCUUCGGUACCGCUGCGAAGCCGACACGCGCCUUUUUCCGGUCUCUGGACGUCCGGGGCGGUAGUCGCCCCUGUUUAGAAUCUAACUCCUCUCCCUACGAUCCCGAGAGCAGGAGGGCGCAAGCGCUUCCUCUGUUUCCCAAGAGAAGGCCUCGGGAGGGGAAGGGACGAGAAGAAAUGGAAGCAUUGCGCCAGCGCGGAAUGAGCGAUGGCUGCGGGCAGGCGUUGGCUACCUGGAGGAGCUGCCAGCGAGUGGACGCGUGUGGAGGGCGUCCUUCUCUAGGCAGCUACGCAGGCUGGUGGGGGAAGGCACGCUCCGGGCGCUCCCUCCUUGGAACUUGAAAUAAACUCGCUCUUCCUCGCACCUGCCUCU